AUGGCAGAUCGUCAGGCAGAGCUGCAGAAAUACAUCUUGCCAGAGAACAGCUCCAAAAAGGUCGCUCAGAUGAUGGAUCAGAUACAAAAGGAGCUCCUGAAAGGGCUGCGGGCCCGCGCAGAGAAGACACUGGAGAUCACCCAAGUCCUUGGGAAUACCAUUGCGCAGAGAGGGAUUAAGUACCUAUGA